GGUUCGCUUUUGUUUGUGCGGUGAAAGUUCACUUUACAUAAAGCAUCAGUACCGUCUCAGUUCUAGUUUAGCUCAUGAUUGUGUGUAGCAUUCUACUGUAUAUAAUGCAGUUCCCUUCCUUCCGCAUAAUAUUCCGACGGAAUUCUCGUGUUCCUCAGGUGCCCCACCCAACCGGCCCGGACCAAUGAUAGAAACAUAAAGCCGUGAUUGCGGCAAAAUCGCGCCUUUCCAGUCUUUCCCAACUGCGGGCUUCUGACAAACACCUUCCCUCCAGCUCUUACACGAUUGAAAUUAGAAAUGGCACCCAUCAAGACACAAUGGACACGUCUGAUUCGGUUCGUAGCUGUCGAGACUUCACGUGUGCACAUUGGUGAACCUGUGGAUGCCUCUUUGGAUGUGGGCCUGGCUGCCCACGAAGGCAAGACUAUCAAGGCCUAUGAAAUCAUCGGUUCUGCGUUGGACCCUGCCACUCAGGUUUCGAAGAACGUACUUACCGUGAAGCACCUCUUGACACCUCUGGCUGCAGAAGAAGUUAAGGUAGUUCGGUGCUUGGGGCUCAACUAUUCGGACCACGCUCUCGAGGCGAAGAUGGCUAAACCAGUCUACCCGGUUUUGUUCUACAAACCCGUCAACUCUCUCAUCGGGCCUCUGGCGCCCAUCAUUAUUCCACCAGCAGUUCAGCCCUCAAAGGAGCACCAGUCAGACUACGAAGUCGAGUUUACUAUCGUGAUCGGAAAGCCAGCGAAGGACGUGUCAGAGAAAGACGCUCUGGACUAUGUUCUUGCAUACACGGGGGCGAAUGAUGUAUCUUUCCGAAAACACCAAAUGAUCGUGUCACAAUGGGGCUUCUCCAAAAGCUUUGAUAACACGAAUCCAUUGGGACCUUGUCUGGUCUCUGCAUCGGCAAUCCCUGACCCUCAGGCAGUGCCUCUCAAGUCUGUUCUAAAUGGAACGCUCGUACAAAACGGAACAACGGCCGAUCAGAUCUUCAAUGUCAGGCAGACAAUUGCUCACUUAUCUCAAGGCACUACGCUGGAGCCUGGCUCGAUUAUCUUGACAGGUACACCUGCUGGUGUUGGCUUUGUCCGCAAACCACCCUUGUACCUCAAGGAUGGCGACAACAUUUCGGUGUGGGUAGGAAAUGGUAUUGGUACACUAGUUAACGAUGUGCAGGAGGAGAAGGCGCCAGUCAAAGCAAAGCUGUAAUAAUCCACACACCCAAUAACAUGUAUCGCGAGAGCUUAACGAAUGAAAAAUCCCUGAAAUUUUGAUAGGCUUCG